AUGGAUGCAGAGGGCAGCAAACUGUCUGCUCUGCUGAACUGCAGCAACGGGAGCAGCGCUGACAACCUGAAGGCACCUAAACAUCUGUGGAGACAGGAGCAGCAGCAGCAUCGCCAGCAGUGCCCCGCCGUGCAUCAGCAGGGCUUCCUCCAGCACCAAAGCUUCCUCCAGCACCAGGAUCAGCCCCAAGCCCAUGCCUUGCACCCACACCAUGCCUCGCAUGCAGCCAGUGCCCCCCCAGCCCUUUUAAACCAAGCUGCAACCCAGCUUCAGCCCCAAAUUUACCCUGCCCUUCAACCCCAAUCCCCACCUCUGCCUCCGUCCCAGAUACACCCCGUUGUCCUGCCACAAUCCCCACCCCAAAUCCUCAAUCAGUUGCCACCCCAGGCUCACCCGUUGCUCUCCUUGCAACUCCAGUCCCAGUCUGGGCUGCAGUCCCAGUUACACUGUCAGCCGGCGGUGCCCCUCCAGUCUCAGCCGGCGCCCCACUGCCCCCCUGCCACCUCCCGGAGCAGAUAUUCUAACAGCAGGGUGAGGCAUCGCGGAUUCUCCGACACCGAGAGGUACCUGCACUGCCAAGCCAUGGAUCGCUCUUCAUACGCUGUGGAUACCGGUCAUAGACCCGGGCUUAAGAAAUCUCGCAUGUCCUGGCCGUCUUCCUUCCAGGGAUUUAGACGCUUUGAUGUGGACAAUGGCACAUCAUCGGGACGGAGUCCCCUGGAUCCCAUGACAAGCCCAGGGUCAGGGCUGAUUCUACAGGCCAACUUUGUUCACAGUCAACGAAGGGAAUCCUUCCUGUACAGGUCAGACAGCGACUAUGACCUCUCUCCGAAAUCCAUGUCCAGAAACUCCUCCAUCGCUAGCGACAUACAUGGAGAUGACUUGAUUGUAACACCAUUUGCUCAGGUACUGGCCAGUCUGCGUACUGUAAGGAAUAAUUUUGCUGCAUUAACCAACAUGCAAGAUCGGGCACCCAGCAAGCGUUCAACAAUGUGUAACCAACCAUCCAUCAACAAAGCAAAUAUACCAGAGGAGGCCUAUCAAAAACUGGCCAGCGAGACCUUGGAGGAGCUGGACUGGUGCUUGGACCAGCUGGAGACCUUGCAGACCAGGCACUCUGUCAGUGAGAUGGCCUCCAAUAAGUUCAAAAGAAUGCUCAACCGAGAGCUGACCCACCUUUCUGAGAUGAGCCGAUCCGGCAAUCAAGUUUCAGAAUACAUCUCCAAUACGUUCUUAGAUAAGCAGCAUGAAGUGGAGAUGCCAACACCAUCCCAAAAAGAAAAGGAGAAAAAGAAGAGGCCCAUGUCUCAGAUCAGUGGGGUGAAAAAACUAAUGCACAGUUCCAGUUUGACAAAUUCAAGCAUCCCCAGGUUUGGAGUAAAAAGUGAAAACGAGGAGUGUCUAGCCAAGGAACUUGAAGAUGUGAACAAAUGGGGCCUUAAUAUUUUUAAAGUGGCGGACUAUUCUGGAAACCGACCUCUUACAGUCGUCAUACACACAAUUUUUCAGGAACGAGAUCUGUUGAAGACCUUUAAAAUUCCAGUAGACACUUUAGUUACGUACCUAAUGACUCUAGAAGAUCACUACCACGCGGACGUGGCUUAUCAUAAUAACAUACAUGCUGCAGAUGUCGCACAGUCUACCCAUGUGCUGCUAUCCACCCCGGCUUUGGAGGCGGUCUUCACAGAUCUUGAAAUUCUUGCUGCAAUAUUUGCCAGUGCAAUACACGAUGUUGAUCACCCUGGAGUUUCCAACCAGUUUCUCAUCAACACAAAUUCGGAAUUGGCCUUGAUGUACAACGACUCGUCCGUGCUGGAGAAUCACCAUCUAGCUGUAGGUUUCAAGCUGUUGCAAGAGGAGAACUGUGACAUUUUCCAGAACUUGACCAAAAAGCAGAGACAAUCACUAAGGAAAAUGGUUAUUGACAUCGUGCUUGCAACGGACAUGUCAAAGCAUAUGAAUCUACUGGCUGAUCUGAAAACAAUGGUGGAGACGAAGAAGGUGACAAGCUCGGGAGUCCUCCUACUCGAUAACUACUCAGACAGGAUUCAGGUCCUGCAGAACAUGGUGCAUUGUGCGGAUCUAAGCAAUCCAACCAAGCCUCUGCAGCUUUACCGGCACUGGACGGACAGGAUCAUGGAGGAGUUCUUCAGACAAGGAGACCGGGAAAGGGAACGGGGGAUGGAGAUCAGCCCCAUGUGUGAUAAGCACAAUGCGUCUGUUGAAAAAUCACAGGUUGGCUUCAUAGACUACAUUGUUCAUCCUUUGUGGGAGACCUGGGCAGACCUUGUUCAUCCUGAUGCCCAGGAUAUUUUGGAUACAUUGGAAGACAAUCGUGAAUGGUACCAGAGCACAAUUCCUCAAAGUCCGUCUCCUGCCCCCGAGGAGCAGGAGGAAGGUAGACAAGGCCAAACCGAAAAAUUCCAGUUUGAACUAACGCUGGAAGAAGAUGGGGAAUCGGACACCGAAAAAGACAGUGGUAGUCAGGUGGAAGAAGACACCAGCUGUAGUGACUCAAAAACACUUUGUACGCAGGAUUCAGAAUCUACUGAAAUUCCACUGGAUGACCAAGUGGAAGAAGACGAAAGUCAAACUGAACCUAGCACACUAGAAGGGGGGCAUUCCCCCGACACGUAACAGCGUGAAAGCUUUGUUUUGACCUUCCUUUACUUUGUUUUUGGUUCAUUUUUGUUUGUUCAAAAAAUGGUUUCCAAAGUGCAUGAAAUAUGCCACAACCAUGGUCACACCUCACUUUCAUCUGCCAGGAUGUUUGUUGAUCAAAACAGACAUAAUUUGCUUAGUUUGGCACUCAGGAAUAUUUACCAGAAAUCCAUUUCUACGGCUUUGGAAAGCAAAUCUGAGGAAAUUGUUGGCGAAACAACUAAAGAGCUCCAAAGAGCUUUCCGUGGAGAGCAAGUGUUUAGAGGAAAACAAAACUGAAACACUGAGUUUUAGCUUGCUUCUGGGUCUGAAAGAUCGAUGGCAUCAUCAAGAACCACCCGUAUGGAGUGCAUUCUUUGCAGUGUAAAGUAGAGGAAUCUUAUUGGCAGGACGCGUCAUGGAUGGGCGCAAAGCAUCAGGAUGAUGAGCUGUGGAAAUUACAUAAUUUUCUAAUUUUAAGUCUUCCUGAUAAAAUGACUGAAAACUAAAAAUAAAAACAUGAGCACGCAGCUCUUUUGAGAGUUGUCGUGCUCUCCGCGUUUUGUAUCAUAUGUAAAACAAGAGAUUUUUUUGUAGAGCUUACUUUUAUUAAAUAUAUUGAGGUAUUCUAUUUAAAGAAAGUACGUUUGGAAAUUCAUCCACCACUGAUUAUUAUUAUUUUUAUUUUUUUUCCAAAGAGUAACUUGCAAGUUUUCAGUACAAUUAUUGUGCUACACUGGAUGACUGCUUCUGGUUCUGAAUUGAUUUGCACCUUAGAAUUUCAUAGCAAUUAAUUGAACUGUAGAAUUCCAUUCUUUUAUACGCUUGAACCUUUCUUAAGACACCGUCUUGCAGGAAACCCUUUCAUUACAGCAUAGAUUUUUUUUUAAUUCCUCUUUUAAAUAUUGUGGUUAGCGCAGAAGGAAUGCGUUAGGGCACUUUCCCAAACGAUAUUGGAAGGUCAACUCCUUGAUUUGGGCAGUUUUUUCAAAAGUAGCAAUUUCCCCAUAGAAAUUGUUCUUUUUUACAACAAAGCAUGAAUAAUAUGAAUCAGUGUAUUGUGUCUUAUGUUGGCCCAUACAGUGAAUCUUUUGUCCAGGAUUUGUACUAAAUCGUCAGGAUGCCUCAAAGCUUUGUAUAUUAUUCUUUUAUUCGAAUUGGCCUUUGUGCAAUACCGCUAGGAAGUUGGUACUAGGUUCUUCAAGGUAAAUAGCUGGGGUUGUACUUUACAGGCUCGCUACUACCAGAUAUUUCAGUUUCAGUUGUUACCGGUUAUAUAUGAACAUUUAUCGAGGAGCCCUUCACUUCCUCGUACGUGUAAAGUUCUAGUAAAAUCAUACAGUAAACCAAAAAAAAACCACAUAGUAAAUUCUGCAUCAAUUUAAAAUAGAUAUCCAGUGGUAGUAUUUAAACCCGAUUUCUCAAUAGCGGUUACGUAUACACGGUUCGAAUCAUUUAGCACAGUGAAACUGAUGCUUAUGGGCAUCUGUAACUCAUACAACUGCAUUUAGUUGCAUGCAGACUAAUGUUUUGUGUAUACAUUGGCCAAAAUAUUACGGGAAAGGGAUGAGGGUAGGGGAAGCAAAAUAAUUUUUAUUUUUUUAAAAAGAAAGUUCUUUACAAAGGUCUUCAGCCUUUGGCUUAGCCUUAAGUGUCACUUAUUUGUGUUUUUUGUGCAUCUUCACCAUACUUCAUUUGUAGUGGGAGGAAAAAAACCCUUUUUUUCUGCAGUCUACCCUCCAGCAGCUGUACCAGACAUGCUAAGUUUCUUCAUAUUGUCCUCCUACCCAUGGAGUGCCUGGAAUGUAACAAUUAAAUAUAAAGCAAUAUUAUUUCCAAAAAUAAA